AUGCGCACGCGCGUCGUAUGGUUACAAACAGCUUCUAGCGACGAUUCCAUUCGCACAGCCGAUCGCAAGGAGAUUGACAAGGCAGCAGCACCACCACCACCACCACCACAGUCCGCUGCAGAUACCCUCCCCACCCCAGAGGCAGCAGCACCACCACCACGACAGUCCGCUGCAGAUACCCUCCCCACCCCGGAGGCAGCAGUACCACCACAGUCUGCUGCAGAUAUCCUCCCCACCCCUGAGGCAGCAGCACCACCACCACCACCACAGUCUGCUGCAGAUACCCUCCCCACCCCAGAGGCAGCAGUACCACCACAGUCUGCUGCAGAUACCCUCCCCACCCCGGAGGCAGCAGCAUCACCACCACCACCACAGUCCGCUGCAGAUACCCUCCCCACCCCAGAGGCAGCAGUACCACCACAGUCUGCUGCAGAUACCCUCCCCACCCCGGAGGCAGCAGCACCACCACCACCACCACAGUCUGCUGCAGAUACCCUCACCACCCCAGAGGCAGCACCACCUCCACCACCACCACAGUCUGCUGCACAUACCCUUCUCACCCCAGAGGCAGCAGCACCACCACCACCACCACAGUCCGCUGCAGAUACCCUCCCCACCCCAGAGGCAGCAGCACCACCACAGUCUGCUGCAGAUACCCUCACCACCCCAGAGGCAGCACCACCUCUACCACAGUCCGCUGCAGAUAUCCUCCCCACCCCUGAGGUAGCAGCACCACCACCACCACCACAGUCUGCUGCAGAUACCCUCCCCACCCCGAAGGCAGCAGCAUCACCACCACCACCACAGUCCGCUGCAGAUACCCUCCCCACCCCAGAGGCAGCAGUACCACCACAGUCUGCUGCAGAUACCCUCCCCACCCCGGAGGCAGCAGCACCACCACCACAGUCUGCUGCGGAUACCCUCACCACCCCAGAGGCAGCACCACCUCCACCACCACCACAGUCUGCUGCACAUACCCUUCUCACCCCAGAGGCAGCAGCACCACCACCACCACCACCACCACCACAGUCCGCUGCAGAUACCCUCCCCACCCCAGAGGCAGCAGCACCACCACAGUCUGCUGCAGAUACCCUCAUCACCCCAGAGGCAGCACCACCUCCACCACAGUCCGCUGCAGAUAUCCUCCCCACCCCUGAGGCAGCAGCAGCACCACCACCACCACCACCACCACAGUCCGCUGCAGAUACCCUCCCCACCCCAGAGGCAGCAGCACCACCACCACGACAGUCCGCUGCAGAUACCCUCCCCACCCCGGAGGCAGCAGUACCACCACAGUCUGCUGCAGAUAUCCUCCCCACCCCGGAGGCAGCACCACCUCUACCACAGUCCGCUGCAGAUAUCCUCCCCACCCCUGAGGUAGCAGCACCACCACCACCACCACAGUCUGCUGCAGAUACCCUCCCCACCCCGGAGGCAGCAGCAUCACCACCACCACCACAGUCCGCUGCAGAUACCCUCCCCACCCCAGAGGCAGCAGUACCACCACAGUCUGCUGCAGAUACCCUCCCCACCCCGGAGGCAGCAGCACCACCACCACAGUCUGCUGCAGAUACCCUCACCACCCCAGAGGCAGCACCACCUCCACCACCACCACCACAGUCUGCUGCACAUACCCUUCUCACCCCAGAGGCAGCAGCACCACCACCACCACCACCACCACAGUCCGCUGCAGAUACCCUCCCCACCCCAGAGGCAGCAGCACCACCACAGUCUGCUGCAGAUACCCUCACCACCCCAGAGGCAGCACCACCUCCACCACAGUCCGCUGCAGAUAUCCUCCCCACCCCUGAGGCAGCAGCACCACCACCACCACAGUCCGCUGCAGAUACCCUCCCCACCCCAGAGGCAGCAGCACCACCACCACGACAGUCCGCUGCAGAUACCCUCCCCACCCCGGAGGCAGCAGUACCACCACAGUCUGCUGCAGAUACCCUCCCCACCCCGGAGGCAGCAGCAUCACCACCACCACCACAGUCCGCUGCAGAUACCCUCCCCACCCCAGAGGCAGCAGUACCACCACAGUCUGCUGCAGAUACCCUCCCCACCCCGGAGGCAGCAGCACCACCACCACCACCACAGUCUGCUGCAGAUACCCUCACCACCCCAGAGGCAGCACCACCUCCACCACCACCACAGUCUGCUGCACAUACCCUUCUCACCCCAGAGGCAGCAGCACCACCACCACCACCACCACCACCACCACCACAGUCCGCUGCAGAUACCCUCCCCACCCCAGAGGCAGCAGCACCACCACAGUCUGCUGCAGAUACCCUCACCACCCCAGAGGCAGCACCACCUCCACCACCACCACCACCACCACAGUCUGCUGCACAUACCCUUCCCACCCCAGAGGCAGCAGCAGUAGCACCACCACAGUCUGCUCCACUGUAG